UCCCAGGGUUUGGCCAUGUUUGCCCCCGUGGCGGCUGCAGUCUCGGGCUGAUUUAUUCGGCGCUGCUGGGAAUCAGACGGUCACCAUGCCUGGCAGCGAGAGAGUGCGCUUAGACUUUCCGCAUUACAGUUCCGUGCUGCUCGAUACCCUCAACAAACAGCGCCUGGAGGGGAAAUUCUGUGAUCUUUCCGUCCAGGUUCAAGGACGCUUUUUCCGCGCUCACAAAACCGUCCUGGCCGCGUCGUCGCCGUACUUUCACGACAAGCUUCUCCUGAACGACACCAGCUGCUUGGUCCUCCCCAGCGUCAUUCAGCCGGAUGCCUUUGAGAACCUCUUACAGCUCAUCUACUCUGGGAGGCUAUGUCUGGACAUAGAGUCUCUGCCUUCUCAUCUGUUGGUAGCCAGCGGCCUCCAGAUGUGGCAAGUGGUGGAUCGAUGUUCCGAGCUCCUGAAGGAAAGAGAACUUCACCCGCCCCAGUCGUGGUCGAGCCGCGCCAGCGAGAGCCAAUCACCCAGCAGCAGCUUCCAGCCUCCUAGGGAUGAUGUGCCCCCCGCGCCGCUAUCACUGGGCUGCUCCGACGAUGAAGAGGUGAUAAAAGUAAGGGUCUCGGAGGAGGAGGAAGAGGAGGAGGAAGAGGAAGACAAUCAAAGCGGAGAAAAUGCCUUGGAAGGAGUUAUCCCUGUUGGCUGCUCCUAUUCCCUCCCUUCCUCUUCUUCUGCAGGUAGCCCUAAAAUGUUCUACAUCAAGCAGGAGCAGAUUGACGAGGACAGCCACUUUUUGAAGGCUUUUGAGGUGGCAGAAAUGCAGUCCGAGUACUCGUCCGACCUGAGCUUCGUCUUUCCCCCCACACCCUCGUCCUCCGACGUUUCUCUUUGCCUGCCGCGGAAACUGCACGGCGUCACCGAACCGCAGUCGUUCACUCUCUCCAAGCCUCUGGACCUCCAUGGCAACGAGAUCAUUGCCCAUGCCCUCCAAGCCCAGACCAUCCAUGCGCCCGUGAAGCUUGUGGCGGCUCCGGAUGGAAAGAAAUUCGGCUGUUUGUGCGGCAAGCGGUUUGCCGUGAAGCCGAAGCGGGAUCGGCACAUCAUGCUUACCUUCAGUCUGCGUCCUUUCGGCUGCUCCGUCUGCAACAAAAAGUUCAAACUCAAACACCACCUAACGGAGCACAUGAAGACCCACGGAGCCAACCUGUACUCCUGUGAAGACUGUGGCCGUAAGUUCAGGGUGGAGAGCUGCUUCCAGAAACAUAAGGAAGCUUGCAAGGGGCAGAGGUGGGCUGGGGCCUGCUGGACCUACAAAUAGAUAUCGUUUUCCUAAAUUGUGGAACUAGGACCCCUAACCCAGGAUUGCCCACAAAGGUCCUUGUGAUAGACUCUAGUUUGGACCAUGCCAUAGCUUUUCUCCUGGACAUCAACAAAACUUGUCAAUAACCGUAACCUCUCUAACAAGGAUUCUAAAAGUAAAGACUUAAUCACCUGUCCAUGGGAAUUGUGCACAGAGACGGGGGGGCAAAACUGGAUGCCAGGGGGGCUUCUGCAGAGAGGAAUACGGAGUCCUUCAAAUCUCUUGGUGUGGUAUGUUGGUCCAAAUCAAAGACCCAGUUACAAUUGGUUUCCAUGGUGACUGCCGGGUUUAUCAGUGGGACUGCAGCUUUUCCUAAAACCCUGCGGGGAUGAAUGCGUUUAAAAAAAAAAAAAACAUCUGAAAGAAUUUUCCAUAAGGAGUUGUUGGUACUUUUUUUUUGUAAAUAUUUUCUUGCAAGCUUCCCGAAGCACGAAAGGGUUGAGGCAUCUAACGGUCUCUGUAAAUAAACUUUUACACGUAUGCAUCACGUAUGUUUUGUGUGCGAGCGGAAACAGAUAUAGAGCGGUUUGUCUUACAAAACGAGUUCCAGUAGCGCUGAGUAUCUGCAAUAAGGCUGUCUUUUUUUUGUCUGUGUUGUAGGGGUGGGAGCCGCUAUCUAGCGCUGUGUGCACAGCGGGGCCGUCUGGCAGGUGGACACAUUUCCCGGGAGGGUUUUUACUAAACAUUAGUUUUACGGUAUUUUAAGAAAAAUUGUCUUAGAAAAGUAAACAUUGAAUUUUUAAAA